AUGACCGAAUCAUCGGGCCCAGCUAGCUUCUCAAGCCUCCCGGCAGAGAUGAAGACCAAUAUCUUCGCCUCCGUACGCGACAAAGCCACCAAUGCAGCCGUUCGUCUCGUCAACCACGAAUGGCGAGACAUCAUCACGCCAAUGGCUUUUUCGAACCUUACGAUAGCGUCGGAUAAUUUCACCCCAGAGAUGCUGAACACACUCCUCGAGCCUGGGAACGGCGUCAUACCCCACGUAAAAAGUAUCUACAUCGCCCGCGUUGGCACCGAGAAGCUGUACGGCGCAUGCGACUAUUCCACGCAGAUGCUACUCAUGGCAAUCAUCAGCGAACUUCCAAGGGGGGCACUAUGCGCUCUAGGUGGGGAAGUCAAUUUGCCCACAGGAAUGAUGUUUCAUCUGCUGCAGCAUCAGACGAAGCUGAAGCGGCUCGAUGUUCUUUUCAAUCUGGGGCUUGGUACUGCCAACGUAAGCUACGCACACGGAGCUCACGAAUCGUGGAUAUCCUCUCGACUUACGAGUAUCGAGUCGCUCACCGUGAUGCCCGAUGACAUGGGUACCGAACAAUGCAAGGCGGCUGGACUACUCGUGCGCAGCGCUCCGAAUCUCAAAGAACUCAGGAUUGUGACACGUCCUGGUUGCCUCAGUCUCAUGGCGUAUCCUGAUCGCCCAGACGCACGACCAGACUGGACCGUCUUCGGAGGGCCGUUUGAAAGUGGCAGUGUGCCUCCUCGACUCAAGUUAUCACGGAUGAGCCUGGAGCAGGUGGUCUUGGGGCGAAGAGCUGCAGCUCUAAUCCAGGAAAACGUCGACUUAUCCAAACUCAAAUGUCUUCAGCUUGUGGAUUGCGAGAGCAUCGUCGAUCUCAUGACAGUACUUGCGCCCGUUUGCAACCUCACUGAGUUGAACAUUACGAUGGCCCGAAAUUCUUCUCCACUAGAACACACCGUACGAGCUAUCGAAGCACUUCUAGACGCAUUCAACAGUCUAGAAAAGCUUUGGAUCGACAUGGCAGACGGAGGGAUGAUCGAUAUAUCCUGUAUCGCCCGCCACACCUCCCUCCGUCAACUCGGCAUAGACGGCCAGAUAACCAACCGCGUACCCUUCCACCCCCCAAACGACUUGGCAAAACUACUCCAAUCCCUCCCUUAUCUCAAUGGUCUCGCUCUACACCUCUGUCCCCAAUCAUUACACCCGAUCCGAUAUCCCAACCCACUCUCUGGAUUAGUGCCAGACCGACCCGUCGACGACAUACUCAUAUCGCCGCACACCCCCAUCUAA